AUGGAUCAUGUACUUGAUGUCGUGGGUGAGAGUGACUCCCCAGUCUUGAAUCUACCUGGCCCAUCUAUUCCAGAUCAAAGUGUUCAUGUUCCUGCUGCGACAGAGGGUGCUACCAUCCCUCCCGCCGAUAUUCCUUAUUCUGAUGCGGUUCCAGCUUCCUGUCCCGGGUAUAUGUUCAAACUGCAUCCAUCACAAAAGAAAAUCAAAAAGGGUACCAGCAAGAAGAUGAUUCAGAACCAAAGAUCUGAAGUGCAAAAUGAAGGCAAAAUGAAAAAGGACCAAGUUGGCUCUUCCAAGGAGACACUACCUAAAAAACAAAAACAAAAGGGUGAUGAUUUUGAAAGCAACAUAAUUUUAAGCGAAAAUAGUGUGUCAAGAAAUCCUAGUCAUGCCCUUAGAGACAAUAACAUCGAUAAUAAUUCGAAGCUUCUUAUGAAAGACGGGAAAGAUAUAGACUACCAUGUACAACAAGGAAUACCAGCGAGUGCAAUGUUAAGUUCCAAAAAUAUUAUUGACCUCAACAAGCCACCUAACGAAAAUGAAGAAGAAAGCUGUAAGGAGGUGAUACAAAAUAAAAGACCUCUAGAACAUAAUGGAAGCAUAAAUGAAAAGGAGCAAGAGGACUCUUUCGAGGAGGAACUACCCGAAAAACAACAACAGGAAGACAACGGUGAACCUGAGGUCAAUCGAGUUACAUGUGAAGAUAGACUUCCAGAUGAUCUUGACUAUAACGUCAAUAGUGGCUCGAAACUUUUGACAAGAGACGAAAAAGAUAAAAAAUACUAUAUCAAGCAAGGAAUUCCAAGGAGUAUAAAAUUCCGUUGCAUGACUAACCUUUACAAGUGUACUAAUAGGCUCUCACCAGUUGAAGAUGAAUAUAAUUGGAAUCUUCCGAUUGGAGAAAAUCCAAAUAUGAGUAUUUUCUCGACCAUAAAAGAUUCAAGUAUCAAAACCAACAAAAAGAAUGCUGGUUGUAAGAGAAAAUUGACAGGCUAUCAAAAAGACAAAGGAGAAAAGGAUAUUACGCCUUCUUCAACCUCCAAGAUUGUAAAAAUAAGAUCUGCCGACUAUUGUGAGAGAGUAGGGAAUAAUGCAGAGAGAACGUCUUCUCCAAACACUAUCCGCAGCGAUAAAGUGCAUUCAGGCGGAGAAAUAGAAGGCUGAGAUAGGCUAUACGAAGAACUAGGGCUGCAAAUGAAAACCACAACAAUUAAUUAAACGUCAUAUUUAGCUUUAAACCAUUUAGAGAAUCAAACUUUGUUUUUUUGGUUUUAAUCAUUUCUUAGAAUGUUGAAUUGUAUUCAAUUCGUUUUCAAUUUUAGACUUAGAGGUCACACAACAGAAUUUUGCUUUUUGAUCUUUUUUAAUUACCUUUUAUGUAGUUUAUUUUCAAAACUCGUCUUCAAAAAGGGUGUGCUCUUUUUUUAGGAGAAAAAAUUUACUCACACUCGAUAAUGAUAGUUACAUCAAAUAAAUAUAGAUACAUGUUCUCUGGAGAAUUUUGGAAAU